AUUUAUUUAUUUUGGACGACCGAAAAAAGAGUGCAGUGGUGGUUGUUACUUUUGCUGAAAGAAGAUGAGGAACGCGCAACCGGAACCGGCCCAGAUUCCGACGAGCUUCGGCCACGAGCUUAGGGCUUGCCUCCGUUGCCGCCUCGUCAAGACCUACGAUCAGUUCAGAGAACAUGGAUGCGAGAACUGCCCUUUCUUCGACAUGAACGACGACAACGAGCGCAUCGUCGAUUGCACCACUCCUAACUUCAACGGGAUCAUCUCGGUAAUGGAUCCGAGUAGGAGUUGGGCUGCGAGGUGGCUCCGAAUUGCAAAAUUUGUUCCUGGUUGUUACACGCUCGCUGUUUCGGAGACUCUUAGCGAGGACAUGAAGAACAUGUGCGAAGAUGCUCAGAUGCAAUACGUGCCGCCGAAGCGUGUAUGAGCGACGUGAUGAUCGGACCAAAAAAUGAACAAACCCCGUCAGAAACCGUCUGGAAGACUAGAAGCGAAUGCCUUUUUUGUUAUUUUAAAUGAAAACAGUUGGUUGUUAAAACUUGGAAGUGAAGGAACUUUCUGCCAGCGUGGUAAGAACAGCAGCUUGUAAUAUAUUUAUUUUUGGGAAAGUAUCUCCUUCGGGCGUUUAGCGCAAAA